AUGGACGAUGAUGAGCUUCCUUGCUUCGUUUAUGACCUGUCCGGCACCACAAAUGAUGGUGCCAACUUUCGCUUCGAAAAUGAUCCAGCGAAUCCCUACGAGCGUACAAAUAUCAUUGAGAGGCGAGGCUUGUUGCACGUUCGGUGCACAGUCAGGGACAUUGUACACGGCCAAUGGAGCGAAGAGAACGACGACGAGGCGACACUACUGGUGCUGCUCUUCCGCUUCGACGCGGAUGACCUCGGCCGCCGCAUCAAGCUGGCCCGCAUCAAGCUGACCUUCUCGGGGUCGUCGCCUGACCAUCCAGACCCAGAAGUGGCGCGCCUGUGGCCAGACAAAACCUAUUCCAUCUUCCCGACGACUCGUUCCGAAACAGUCUGCACUGGAGCAAGAGGCUCCUUGUCGGUUGGAGCCGAAGUCGGGGCCGAACUGUCCUGCGAAAGGACCAAGACGGUGCAGCGGGAGCUCCAGAGCGUGGGCAUUGUACGAGGCUCUGCGGACACCCAAGGCCGCAACUUCGGCCUGCAUAAUAGUGCCUCGUGGACGCUCAUGGAGAAUCCAGACACCCACAGUGGCGUUGCGGCUGCCAUGCAGUGUGCUGUCCUCGUGAGACGCCGUGUCUUGGAGGAGCCAUUCGCUGCUACGGUGCAAAUCACAGUGCACGCUGGCCGUCCAACCGCUGCGCGAGAAUGGAUUCGCGGGGUCUUCAGCCAGCCUCGCAAGGUUGAUCCUAUCCUCUUCGAUCCCAAGCGCCCUCCCACUAAUAGGCUGCGUGUAUACGACGAUAAGACACGGGCAGCGUUGGGCACUAUCAAGCUCGACGACCCGAGCCUGACCGAUAUCACCCUGCGCAACGUAUGGAAUGCAGCGGAUAAACAGACAUGA